UAUGUUGUUUCAUGCAUUAAAAAAUUUAGUUUAGUAAUCAAACACAAAUUCAAUAGGACAAAUAUAUAAUAAGCAACAUAUAUAUGAUUUAAAUAUGUGAGUAAUAUUAAAAAUAUAUAGUAAUUAUGUAAAAACAAAUAUCUAUAUAUAUAUAAAUGUGAAAAUAUAUUCCUGCACAGUUGUGCGGGUGAAAAUCUAGUUUAUUAUUAUUUAAAAGUGAACUUUUCUUUUUCUGCAUGUCAUUAAAAUAUCCAUAUAUUUUCUUAUGAUAUAAUUUAAGAAUUAGUUUUGUUUAUUUGUUAGUUUCUCCAUAAUUUAGGAAUAAACAAUAGUUUUAUAAUUUUAAUAUAUAUUUUCAUAAUACUUAUAUAUUUUAAUAAUAAACAGUUUUGAAAAAAAAAUAUAAUAAUUAGAAUGUAUAGUAUACAUUAAUAUAUGAUAUAAUCUUAUUUAUUAUUAUUAAAAGGGAAUUUUUUCUUGCAUUCAUUAAAAUAUAAAUAUAUAUUUCUUUAGGUAAAAAUGGGUUAUAUAUUGUUCGAAGUUAUGUUAAAAUGAAUUCAUCAAUCGAAAGUUAUGUGUCCAAAAAGACACACCUCUUAGUUAUAUAAAUAUAUUUAUAAAUUCAGAUGAUUUCAAGAAACUUCAGGAUGAUAUUGUUUGCUUUGUGGCUACGUAUUCAGACUCUAGUGAACAUAAAAAUCAUGUAAACUGCAUUCAAGCUAAUGUAUCUUCAAUAGGAUCAGCAAAAGACAGUACACCUCAAAUCAAGAUCUCGAGAACCAUUGGUUACAAAAAACUUUGCUAAAUGAAAUUUCGAUGUAGGUUCAACAAAGAUACAAGACAUAGAUAUGCAACCACGAAGGGAAACCUCUUUAUUGGGGUUCAGGAAAAAAAACAAGUUUCUCAAGCACACCACUGGAAACUGAGGCUAAAGGUUUAUUGAUGACACGUACACAUGCAACAUAAGAUUCAAAUCAAUUAUGGUCGACGGAGACUGUAAAAUCUUAUUUGAUACAAUAUGAAGGAAAAUUGAAAAUGUCUCUAUUUAAAAUAUCAAUUUUGAUAUCUAUAUGUGGAGUGAAAUUUCUCAGAUCCUACUUUUGUUUCACCAAGAUAAUAAAAAAUUUCUUAGCUCAUUCGCUUACAACUUAUGGUGAUCUUAACUUCUUUUUCUAUACAUAUCCGUUGUUUCUACCUUAAUGGCUUCAUAAUUCUUUGUAUCAUGGUUAUGUAUAUUUUUUUUUAAUAUGAAUUUGACCUAAAAGCUCUGAAAUUUCAUAACUAGAGUCAAACCAAUCAAAAACAGACAAACACUACCACUCUGCAAUCUUAAAAAAACUUCGCAAAAGUCAAUGUUUGUACUCACUGAAGUGAAAAUUAAUAUUUUCAAAAUGAAGAAUCCUGCAUAAACCAUAAGAAAAAAAAAUUCACACAACAAGGAAUUAAAUUUUGGUUAAAUAAAGGCCAAUAAAACUCUCAACAAAUAAAAAUAUUGAUUUAAUAUUUUUUGUCAAAUUUAAUAAUUUAUAUAAAUACAAUACUGACAUUAAAAUUAUAAUUCGUUAGAUAUAUCCGCACAAAGUAUGGGACCUCACCUAGUCUCUUUUAUGUAAUCUCUAUAUAUAAUAAACUACAUUUUCUAUAUUUUUACUGGAGAAAGCUAAUCAUUCAUAUUCAUGACCAAUUAUGAGUUUAAAUAGUCAGAUAUAUUAAUAAAAAUAUUUUGUGUUAAUAGAAAGAAAAAACCAAGCUUAACAUUGGUUAAUGACCGUUAUUAUUCGACACAACAAUAUAACGUGAACAUACCUGAAAAAUAAAACUCCAUUCACAAUUAUAAGUUAAAUUUCAAUCCAUCGAUUUUUGUUCAAAUAGUUUUAAAUAUAAGUUUAUUGUCAAAAUUAUAUGGAAUUACAUGUAUGAAUAUAAUUAAAUAGAUAGAUAGAUAUAUAUAUAUAUAUAUAUAUAUAUAUAUAUAUAUAUAUAUAUAUAUAUAUAUAUAUAUAUAUAUGUACGUGUGUGUGUGUGUGUGUGAAGAUACCAAAUAUACUCAUAUCCUUGUCAAGAUUCAUUUAUUCCUACAGGAUAAUAUUCAAUACAUUAACGGGGGUGAUACAUCGAAAAUAUUAGAUACAUCAGAAAAAGAAAUUGAGUUAAAAUUUGGAAAAACAAAAAUAAAUAAAAACAAAAACAAAAAAAAAACUUGGGGUCCCUACAUUAUGACGCCAUGCUGAUUUCCCACGUGGGACGACUAUCCUCUAGGAUAACAACCAAUUAUACAGAGCCACGUGCAUGUGGAGAACGUUGUGUUCACGUGUGAGCCAUCAAUAAUGGAAGAGUGAAUAAGAGUCAAGUGCUUCUUCAGCUUCGCUUACUUGUACAGCUCCGGUCUGGACCAUUGAAAUCGUACCGAACCGAGCCAAAGUAGCUGAAAGAGAAAGAAUGUAAUGGUUUUGCUCUUAAAAUGUUUCAUAUUUUGACAUAUAUAAGAUAAUGGACCACCUUGAUCUCUUUAUCAUGGGUGCAGAAUCAUGGACAUGCCCCCGACAAAACGUUACAUUACGUUUCUACACUAAUCUCUUAUGGUUCUUUAGAAAGAAACAUCAAGAGCUCAAAUCUAUGAUCUCUGUUCAGUUAUGUAUGUACCUAAGACGUCCGGUCUAUUAAUGUUUUCUCAUGAUCAUACGUGUUGCAGUUAUUCCCCCAAGUUGACUUAGUAAACCGACGCGGUCGAUUUUAAUUUUGGUACAUUGGAUGGGAUGCAUGACCUUGGGAAGUCAAAUUCGUGAAUUAAAGGUGAGAAGUUGUUCUCGACCGACAUUUUUGGUUCCCGGUUGAGGUGUGAGAAGUAUUGAUUUGAGAAUUUUUGUUUUUUAUGGGUCUGCCAAUUAAUAUAUGUUUUUGGGAUUAUUCAAAAAAAAAAUUAAGAAGAAAAUUGCGUUCACAUGAAUAGACAAAGUAAUGUCUCUUUCGUUAUGAGUAUCCUAAGGAUGUCAACAACUGUGAAUGUGAUGUUGAUCUUCAUUUACCUUCCAUCUAUGGUUAUACGCAUUUGGUGCAGAGAUCAUUUUUCUGUAGAUGAUUAUUCUAUAUUUAGUUUGCACAUUCGACAUUUCAAGAAAGACAUUUUAAAUAAGCUACAUUUGCAGAAGAUAAAUGCAUUUCUAUCUAAAUAUUGUCGCCUUUUUAUCAAUCAAAUCGUAUGCUGUAUUGAACAUUAGUUAAUAAUUAUGUAUAAUAAUAUUGUUAUCAGAACUGAUUGUUAUAAUCCAUCCACACAUAACAUGUCAACAAAAAUGAUCGGAGACUUGGACUCUUGAAGUAACGAGUUCGAUUAUAUUUUAUUUAAACCAGGUUUUAUAUAAAAAUUAUAAACCAGGGUUUUGUGUAUUACUCCCUCUAUUUCACAUUAACUAUUACUUUUUAACAUUUUUUUUCUUGUUGCAUAAAAAUGUCGUUCUAUAAUUUUAAUACAAUUAGCUCAAUAUUAAUUGUAAAAUACAUUGAUCUUAUAAAUAAAUGUAUUUAUCUAAAAUGAUUUUGGUUAAAUAGAUGACAUUAAUGAAAACAUAAAUAAAUUUCAAUCAGUUUUUUAAUAUAUGUGAAAAAUGUCUAAUUGAUACUUUUUAUGAAACAGAAGGAGUAUAAAACUUUGAUUCAGAUUAAUUAAAACGGUUGAUAAAAUUUUAAUGAAUAGGAUCUUAACAAAAAAUUUUGGAUUUUAAGUCUUGACGCAGUUAUGGAGUGUUUAGGGUUUAGAAAGAAAAAAAUUAGAGAUUAAAUUUUUAUGUAUUAUAUCUAUAUAAAUUACGUUCUUAAAAAAUUGUUCUUUUAUAUAUGUGUGUUUUCUGAAAAUAUUGGGAAUAUAUAUAUAUAUAUAUAUAUAUAUAUAUUUGGAUUUGACUGUUGUCAAACUUAAUUCUAAUAAAAUGAUAGUACGAAAUAAUCUAGUGAUCACUAACAUAUAUAUUUAGCUAAAUAAAGUUAUGUACCAUAAUUAUAAAAUGAAAGAAAGGGAUUUUAGUAUAUUAAUGAUGAUUCUUUUUUUUUAACUUAUAUUUUUACACAUCCAUAGUACAUAACGAAAUCACUUAUAUUGAAUUAUGUUGGGUUUUUUUUUCUUAUUCUCUUAUACAUCACGAGAGCAGAUAAAAAAUAAUUGUUAUAAAUUUUUGUGUAUAUAUGUGUGAUUAGAGAGCUCAAACUGUACGUAACACCUGCUUAUAAAUCCACCAACGUUUUGUUUGUUUAUUUAUCUGGAGGAAGAAAACAUCGAUGGUAAGUGUAAAACAUGAGUAAGAGAGGGCAAACCAGUGGGAUAAAACGAUAUAACAAAGUUGACAAUUAUAAAAACAAAAGCAAAAAAUUGAAUGAGCUGUACGUGGGAUUAUGGAAGGCAUGUGGUUGGGCAGGGAGGUCAUGUCGCCUUCUUUGCUCUCUCUUUCUCACCGUUCUACAGAUUGCGAUGUUUUGUAUAAUUUACACUAAACCAGAGUUCUUCUUUUAUUCCCAGCUGAUGUUGCUAUUUGUGUCUUCUUACCCCUACAAUAUUUCCAUUUAUUUUGUUCUCAAUUCUACUAAUAGAAAAUCCCCAUGUUUUUUUUUUCAUUUUUACAUGAGGACUCAAACUUGAAUAUUGAGGUAAUAUUAAUUUGAUUGGAUUAUUUGUAAACUGAAAUAUACAUUCUAAAUUUGAAGAUAAUAUAUAAUGGAAGAUGUUUGGUAUAUUUACACUUCCGUAUUGGUAAAAUGGCAAUUACUGUACAUUUUAUUACUAUUUCCGCAAAAAAAAAAAUGAUUUCCGCAAAUAUGGAAAUAUAUUAUGACAUUGUAAAACUACGAUAUUUUCAUUAUAUACGUUCGCUUUCGUUAUAUCUUGUAAGUUGUAACUAAAAGUAACUAAAUUCCCAAAAAGGUUUGGUAAUGUGCUUUCCAUUUUGAUUGAUUUGGUUAAGCUUUUCACUUUUUAUGUACUUGAUACCAUUUCAUGUACAGUUAUAUAUUUACAUGACAUGACAAAUAAUUGGAAUAAACGUUAGUAUUUUAAAAAUUAAUAUUACGUUCUAAACAUACAUUUUAUAAUUUUCGUUUGCAAAAAGUGUACAGUAUAUGUAGAUCGAUAUCAUAUGAAGAUAUUAUAUUGAUCAUUAUUGACUCAUGAUGAUAACGAAAAGGUAAACUAAACCAACAGCUAGAAGAAUAAGAAAUGGUAUAUAACUUACAAGUUACUUUUGCAGCUUGAUCAUGAUCAAACCUAUGAUUAGAUAUAAUAUAAAAUGUACUUUAACAUAAAUCUUUUAUUCACGAAAAUGAAAUCAAACCCUAAUUCGCAACUUCGUUUCGACAUUUCCCGUAAACUUUUCAGUUCGCACGAUACUAAAAGGAUGUCAGUCCUUUUUCUCUGCUCAAGCACUCAUAGAUUUUAAAUUACAUCUCCCUUUUCAUCAAGUGCAUAAUCAUAUUCUCUAUAGUUUUAUCAAUUAUUGUAUAUGUUUUCUAGGGUUACGAAAAGAUGCUCUUCGAAUCCAGGAACGAUAAUGCAUACCAACCUCAUAUAUAUACAUAUGUGUAUUAGUAGUAUAGAUUUAAGAUCAUCUCCCAACUUCCAUUAGUAAUUUCAUUUUUAUCUUAGAGCUUUUCAGACUUGUUUCUAUAUUUUUCUAUGUUUCUUUUCUAAAAUAAAAGAAUUUUAUUAUGGAGAUGGUCAAUACAAUUUUUCUAUUUUUAGAAAAUGCUAUUUUGAUUCUAUAUUUAGAUGAAAAAUAGAAUUUCUCUAUAUUUUUAUUAAAAAUAGAGAAAAUCUAUUACAAAGACCUAUAUUUUUUAAAAUAUACAUUUAUAACAGAAUUUUUUAUUUUAGAGGAAAUUAUAAAAGUGAGUUGGUGAUGAUGUAAAGUAUGUGUAAAACAUUGAUUUUGAAUCAGCUACUCACGAAAACUAAAAUAAAUUUCGGAUCAAGUAAAGAAUAAAUCUGGUUUACGAGAGGUAUCAAGUUUACGUUCGGAAUGUUGUUGCACACUUGUUCUAAAAUCAAAAGUUUAUGUUUUCGGUGGUGUUUUGAAAUUUAGUAUUAGGGAAUUUAACGAACUCAUUUGAACGUUGUAAAAAUAGGUGGAUUGAGACUAAUCCUGGUUUAUGAUCUCUUAAAAUAUUUCUAAAAAUAUCCGGUAUACACAAUAUUGAUCAUAAAAUAUCCCAAAUUAUUGACCAUAAAAUUUGUAUAUGUACUAAUGCUACAAUAUUUAAUUAAUUUGUUUUUUUUAAUUAUAGAACCCAAUCUCUCAAAUCUGCGGGGGGGAAAGUGGAUAUAAUUUUCAUAUUGAGGUUUAUCCACUUAAAUAUUGUGUCUUUUUCAUUUCUUUUUCAAUAUAUAUUUCUAUAGUUAUGGUAACAUACGCGAUUCAAACUCACAUAAUUACACGGAUGAACUAAUAAUGUACUGAAUUUCUCUCCUAAAACACUACUUAAUAUGAUACAAAUGUUCAAAUAUUUAUCAUAAAAGUUAUUAAAAAAAAACCUCAAAGCAAAUGCAAGACUAAUCUGGGGUUUAGUCAAGGGAUCAAAUGUUCUUUAUCUAUCUAAAGCCUUUUUGACGGCGGUCAUAUAGUUAACUUUUAAAAUUAUAAUUCAAAUGGGUUAUUUCGAGCUUAACCCUAAUUUAAAAAUUAACCAUCCAUACCAAUAUACAGAACUAGUGCUUGAUUCAGAGGAACAAUUGAUCUCAUCAAAAGCUGGGACCUUUUAAAUUAUAAUAAUAUACAAAUAUCUAUACGUAUAUAUAUAUAUAUUUUUUAAAAAAUAUAUAUAUAUAUAUAUAUACCUAUGUGCAUAAUAACAAAUGAGCUCAUAACAAAUCUGGGGUAUAUGAAUAGAGGUGUAGCAAGUCCUUUCUUUAUAGCAAAACAUCUAUAACUCUAAGCAGAGCUCAUUAUAGAAACAGAACAGAAACAGAGCCUUCAUUACUUUCUUUCCUUUCUGAGCAAAUCCUCUUUCUGUUUCUUUCCCUUUUGGGGGUUGUAACUCUAUAAAGCAGAACCGUUAUCAGUUUCCUCUCUGCACUCAUCUCUUUGUUCUCUUUCUCUUUGUUUUCUUCCUCUUUUGUGUUCCAAUGGAAGGUUUAGAAUCGGUUUAUGCGCAAGCUAUGUACGGCACGAACCGAACCAUGGAGCAUCAAGGAUCAGAUUUGAUCUGGGGAGGCAAUGGGCUGAUCCCUCGAGAGCUCUGUUCUUCUUCUUCUUCCUCUCACCAGCUCAUUAAUCCGAAUCGUGGCAGCUGUUUCAUGUCCGAUCUUGGAGUCAUUGCUGAGAUUCAACAUCAACAACAUGUCGGAAACAGAGCUGCUUCCAUAGAUCCAUCAUCGCUGGAGUGUUUGUUAUCAGCGACGACGAACACUUCGACGGAAGACGACGAAGGAAUCUCUGCGCUUUUCUCAGAUUGUCAGACUCUUUGGAGCUUUGGUGGAGGAAUCUCAUCUGCAGAAUCUGAGAACAGAGAGAUCACUACAGAGACAACAACAAAGCCUAAGUCUUUGAAGAGAAACAGAGACGAGACAGGAAGUCACUUCCGUCUUGUCCAUCAUCCUCAAGAUGAUUCCGACAAGGGAAGCUUCAAGCUCAUUUACGAUGAGAAUCAAUCAAAAUCCAAGAAACCAAGAACAGAGAAAGGAGGUGGUUCUUCCAACAUCAGUUUCGGACAUUCAGCUUCUUUGUCUGAUAAUGCCGAGCCAGAUGCAGAAGCGAUCGCGCAGAUGAAGGAGAUGAUAUACAGAGCGGCUGCGUUCAGACCGGUGAACUUCGGUUUGGAGACCGUGGAGAAGCCUAAGAGGAAGAACGUGAAGAUAUCGACGGAUCCUCAAACGGUGGCGGCGAGGCAGAGGAGGGAGAGGAUAAGCGAGAAGAUUAGGGUUUUACAGACAUUGGUUCCAGGUGGGACUAAGAUGGACACUGCUUCAAUGCUUGAUGAGGCUGCUAAUUAUCUUAAGUUCCUUAGAGCGCAAGUAAAGGCUUUAGAAAACUUGAGACCCAAGCUUGACCCAACCAAUCUCUCCUUCUCCUCUCCUUUAUUCCACCCUUCUUUUCUUCCCAUGCAAAACCCUAAUCAGAUCUAAACAUGUCAGUUCAUCAUUAUCAUCAUCAUCAUCAACAGAAUCAUAGCUUCUUGAUUGUUUUAGCAGUUCUCAAGAAAAGGCAAGAAUGUUGUGUUGGGCAGUGUUGUUUCUACUUUCCAGUCUUUGUUUUCUGCAUUUCUUUUCAUACAAAGUUCUUUUUUUAAUUAUCUUUUUUUUUUUGUAGUAUCUGUGGAAUUUCGAGGGUUGAAAUUGUGAAAAACAGAGCCCUAAAGAUGUUAAUUUACUCUCUCUGCAACAUUUUUUCACCCUUUUAUUAUUUUACUAGAGGAAAGAAACCGUAAGAUACUUGCAAUUAUGAAGAAAUGAUUAUUAGCAAAAGUGUUUAGAAAGUGCCUCUA